AUGCUCUUAUCAAGAAGAAUGCUACAUGGGCUUCGUGGAUUACGGCCCUCUGAAAUAUUUAAGCAAGAUUCCCUAUCACCAAGGAAAAUUGCCUUGCAAAUCAUAAUAUUACAAAUGUUUUAUUAUAUAACAGCUUCAAUAUUGUUUUCAAUAUGGGCAAAAUUAAUGGGAUUCACACCAGAUAUUAAAAAAUGGAUUUGCUCAUGGGAGCCAGUUGAUUUCACAAAUUCUCAGGGUAUAUCUAUAUCUAUUUUAUGGCUAUUAGACUCACUGAUAUGCGUCUUCUUCCUGACUGUUAUUGUUGGUAGAAGUAAAUUAGCGUGGGAUUUUGCUCUAACGGUUCAUGCAAUUAAUUUAAUUCUGGUUUGGACCUAUACAUAUAAAUUUCCAUCAUUUUCAUGGUUUGUCGUUCAAUUUAUUUCAUCUUUAAUAUUAAUAUUUUUAGGGACUUGGACCUCAAGAUGGAAAGAAUUAAGGGACACAUUUUUCGAUGGCUUGGUAGAUCCGACGAUGAGCAUACCAAACACUACAGAGCGUAACUCUUCAAAUUCUCCUCAGUUUGAGUUAAGGGAUUUAGAGAGUCAAAAAUAA